AUGGACGGCGAGGAUGAACCGGAAAAAGAAAGCCAUGUAUCGACGAAGAGUUCCUCGACAGGAAACCGAACUAUCACUGGGAGCAAAGCACUGUUACCAAUCAAAAAGCUUGAUGCUUUCAUCUCACGCCUAAAUCGAUUGAUGCAUACCCGGGAGAGCCACGAUGCCCUCAUCCUCUUCCUAGCCUACGCAGCACAUUUCGUGGCGACGGUACUCGAAACACCACUUCCCGACAGACUUAAGAGUUGGCUUCUCAGAUUUAACGAAGUUUUAAUGACGAUUGUACCGCCAAGACUCAAAUCACUCUUAUCAACUUUCAAAGGGUUUCCAACGAUAAGCUCGUUGUCCGCCAACAAACUUCUGAUCGCCGAACGAUUCAGGGCGUUAUCGGAUAUUCUGGACGACUGGCAAAUCAUCACCAGACUAUGGGGCUUACUGGCGACUUGGGCAGAAGCAAAAGAAUUUCUAACCAACCUCACAUCUGAAAACCAGAGCGAAGAAAAGAAAAGGAACCCACGGAAGUACUUUGUUCUGACAGCCAUAAGAGCUUCUUAUCUCCUUGGGCUUUUCGGUUACUAUGGAACGGAGAAUCUAGCAUGGCUUACAAGACGCGGCGUGUUCAAAUGGUCAGAGAGGACCGAGUCGAAACUCAUGAUUUGGUCUCUCAAGGCUUGGGGUAUUUAUGUCAUGUCUGGGAUGGCACAACUGCUAUAUGACCGAUAUGAAAGCAAACGUACUGGAGAAGGGCAAGAUGAAGAGGAAAGGAUAGAGUGGCGGAGGAAUUUUAUUCAUCUUUUUCUGUAUGGCCCACUGACAAUUCAUUGGAUACGAGACGGGGGGCUGUUUCCGGAGGCGAUUGCUUCUUUCUUGGCGGCCUAUACAGAGUUCAUAACGGUCAAGGGACUAUGGAAAGACUGUUAAGGUCUGAAGAGGAUGGACCAGUCUCCAGCGUGGCUCAAGGAUCUAAUGAUAUAGUGCUGCCUCGGGUGGUCUAAUAGAAGGGAUUCGAGAUGGGUA